AUGGCUCCUUUAUGUGGCAUUAUACCAGAAUAUGUACUGGAGGGCAUCAUUGAAAAGGGGUUGGCACCACAGGACACUAUCCGUCGGUGCCAAUCCACUCUUGAAAAAACAAAGCAACUUCAAGAUGUUCGUGAACGUCAUCGGCAGAGUAUCGCAGCGGCUCAGCCACAACAAACCUCUCAAGGUAUUAUUCCACCUUACAUCCUUGAAACACUUGCACGGAAUGCUGCGACAGAACAACAACGCGAGGCAGCCCGCCACACACUUGCAUACAGUGCUAAGCAUCGAACAGUGGCAGGGCGUGUGCGUCAAUUGAACCGUACGGUCUACGAUGCGCAGAAUUCACGUGAUGAUCAUCCUCCCCGUGACAAAAUUCUGAUUCCAGAAGGUGGUGAACUUCUUUCGCAAGAGACUGAUCCAACAAACAAUGCAAACGAGUGCUAUGUUGGGCUUGGGAAGACUUAUGACUUCUACUUCAAUUUCUUCGGGCGAAAUUCAUUUGAUAAUAAUGGUAUCAAGCUCGAUGGCUUCGUGCAUGCUGGGGACCUCUACAACGCCUUCUUCAACGGCGAAGAGCUAGUCUUUGGUGACGGAGAUGGUGUUCUCUUUGAUGGCUUCACAGAUGAGCUCGAUGUUAUCGGUCACGAGUUUAGCCAUGGCGUGGUGGAGUUUACGAGUUUACUUCCAUACUGGUACCAGAGUGGUGCUCUCAAUGAGUCUAUUGCAGAUGCCUUUGGUAUUAUGGUAAAACAAUGGGGUGAAGGCAACCCCCAGACUGUUGACCACGCCAACUGGCUUAUUGGGGAGGGAAUCUGGGCUGCAGGUGUCAAUGGCAGGGCUCUCCGGGAUAUGGCGAAUCCUGGAACAGCUUUUGAUGAUGAUCGAGUGGGGAAAGACCCUCAGCCUGCGCACUGGAGGGAUUUCAAGAAACUCAGCAACGACAAUGGCGGUGUUCACAUCAACUCUGGCAUCCCAAAUCGCGCUUUCUUCCUUGCUGCUACUAAGAUUGGGGGAUAUGCUUGGGAAGGUGCUGGUCCUAUCUGGUACCGCGCUCUGAGCAGUGGUAAGCUUCCCACGGAUGGUGAAGCUACAUUCAAAGAGUUCGCCGAUCUUACAAUUGAGAGUGCUGGCGAGCAUGUGGAUAAAGUCAGGGAAGCUUGGACCGCCGUUGGUUAUCCAUUCCCUGAGAAGAGGCAUGAGCUGUAA